AUGCGGUUUAUGGACAUUGAGCAGGGUUCGCGUACUGUACGCGAGUAUGAUGAGGAGUUCAGCCGUCUGUUAGUGCAUGCGGGCUUUGGUAUGGAGGCUGAGCAUCAGUUGACGAACAGAUUUCUGGAGGGACUUCGCAAGGAUAUCGGACUCUAUGCAGGAGUAGUAUGCACACUUCGAGGGCGAGUCUGCCUCGGGGUCAGCAUCAGCAGCCGCGACAGCAGCAGCAGCAGCAGCGCAGAGGUGGUUCGAGUUUCAGUUCUGGUUCUGGCAGGGGCGGUUUGCCUGCGCAGGGUCAGAAGAGGAGUAGAGAGGAGUUUUCUGGUGCUAGUCAGUUUCCUCGUGGUUCCUGUUUUGGGUGUGGGAGCACGGAGCAUCGUGUUUCGAGUUGUCCCAAGAGAGUCAGCACCGAGGGUGUGCUACUACUGCAAGGAGCCUGGGCAUAUCAAGCCCAUGUGUCCUAAGUUGCGGAGUAUGUCGGUGGCUUCGGUUCAGCCAGUAGCGGCUCAGCCAGUGAGUCAGAUCGCAGCAGUGCAGCCGUUGGGUCAGAUUGCACCGGCGCCGCGGGGUUACUCUUCAGUGGAGACUGGCGGGACUAGUCAGACCGGGCAGAUCACAGGUAAAUCUUCGACUCAGACUUUGUAA